AUCAUGUAAAAAAGUAAACCAUAGGCCUAGAAAUAAGGUUAUUAUCUAAAAUAUAAAUAUAAGGUCCUCCAAAUUCUAGCAUGAAUCAUGGAAUGGGUAUGUCUGGAAUGGGAAUGUCAGGUAUGGGAAUGUCAGGUAUGGGAAUGUCUGGAAUGGGAAUGUCUGGAAUGGGAAUGUCAAAUGGAAUCUAAAGUGGAAUGAAUAUGUCAGGAACAGGAGGAUUCUCAGGAAUUAGUAAUCAAUAAAAAUAAUUUGGAAUGUCAAGUAAUAUAUCUGGUAGUAUGGGAUUCUCAAACAGUUCUGGUUUUAAAUAACCAUAAUAGUAACAAUAAAACCAAAAAAAUAAAUUUGGAUAACAAUAAGGGAUGGUUGGUAUGAAUAAUGUUUAAUAUGGUAAUAUGGGUUAGAUGAAUUAAAUGUAAAUGGGAUAAAUGAAUUAAAUGCAAAUGGGAUCAAAUUUAAUGAAAAAAGGAAUGGGUCAAAUGGGUAUGGGAUAAAUGGGUUAAAUAGGUAUGGCAUAAAUGGGAAUGGGGAGUUAAAUUAAUUAUGAUGAUGAUGAAGAUUAAGAAUCUGUACUUUUAGAAGAAGAGAUUGAUGAACAUUAUAGACCUACAAAUUAAGGUAAUAAUUUAAGAAGUCAAAAUAUUAGAAAUUAGAGAAUAUGCUUAUUUUUUAGGUAUGGAAUUGCCUGAAGAUAAUGAUCUAUUAUAUAUAGCAAGAGAAGGUCUAAUGGCUCCAUUACCAGAAUCUUGGUAAUUAUAAUAAUUUUUAUUUAAGGAAACCAUAUUAAAAUAGAAACAAAGAAAUUUCUUAUAUUAAUUUACUCACGAAUUAAAGAUAAGAGGAACACCCAUGUGAUGAAUAUUAUAAAUAAAUGUUUUAAAAAGAAAAAUAAAAAAAAAUAGAAAAAUUGGCAAAAGAUCAAGCUAAAAUUGUUAAAGAAUAACUUUUUGGAAAAGAAAAAGAACCUGAAAUUGCCAGUAAGUAUUAAAAUAUUAUUUAAAGUUUAACCUAUUGUUAAUUCUGAUGUUUUUAAUAAAGAUUAAGAUCCAUUAUUAAAAUAAACUUAAGAAAAAAAGUUACAAUAAUAUAGGGAGUAAAAAAAGAAAGAAUUUGAAGAGCAAAAGAAAAAGAUUGAUAAAAAAAUUGAAUAACAAAAAAAAGAGGUUGAUUAAGAUUAUGAGAAACAACUAUUGAAAUUAAAAGAAUCAAUUAAAGUUAAUUCUGCAAAAUAAAAAUAAGAGUAUGAAGAGAAAUUAAAGAAAUUAAAAGAAUAAGAAGAAGAAUAAACGUUAGAAUUAGAACAAUAUGAAAGGGUCUCCAGAGGAAGUUUAGAAAAGACACUUUAAUAAAGAUUGGAGAUUGAAAAAAAAAAUAUAAAGUAAUUAGAGGAGAAACAAAUGGAAAAGAUAGAUGAAGAAUUUGAAGAAUAAUUUAAAAAUUAAAAAAAAGAGAUUGAAGCAAAAUGUGAGAAAGAAUAUUAAGCACUUGUUGAAUAAGAAAAAUAGUUAAGAUUUGAAACUACAAAUACAGUAUAUGAUGAAGAGAAAGAAUUGGAAAUAUUAAAAUAAAAAUUUAAAGAAGAAGAGGAUAAGAAAUUUUAAGAAUUAAAAAGAGCAAAAGAAAUAUAAAUUGAUGAACAAAUUGAAUAAUUUAGAAGAUAGGAAUAAGAAAAAAUAAAUUAAGAAUUAGCAAUUUUAGAAGAAGAAUUAGCUAUGGAAAAAAAAAAAAAAUAAAAUUUCGAUGAAAGUUAGAUUAAGUAGUAAUUUUAAAAAGAAUUUGAAGAUGAAGAAUUAAGAUUAAAUGAAAAUUUAAAAUAGAAAUUGGAAAUAGAAAAAAUGAAGAUUAAAAAAUAGAUUAAAGAGUAAGAAGCUAAAUAAAGAAAAGAAAUUGAUGAUCAAAUAAAUAAAGAGUUAAGAAUAUUAGAAUAAUAAUUUGAGAUUGAAAAAAAAAGGAAAGAAGAAGAAUUUGAAUUAGAAAAAUAAAAAUUAGAAGAGAAGGCAAAGGAAGAAUUUUACAGAUAUAAAAAAAAUUUUGAAGAUUCUGCUUAACAAUAAGAAUUAUAAAUCAGAGAAUUUUUUGAGUAAGAUUAAUUUUCAAAAAAAUAAAAAGAACAAAAUUUAUUAGAGAAUAUUGAAUAAUUAAAAAAGGAAUUAAGCAUUGUUAAAAAUGAAUACAAUAAAAAUAAAUAAGAGAUGGAUGAUUUAUAAAUUCAAUUACAAUAAACAAGUUAAUAAAUAGAGUAUGGAUAAAUUAUAAAUAAAUAAAAAUUUGAAUUAAAACAAUUAACUUAAUAAGAGAAAUAACUUUUAGAGUAAAUUUAAUAUAAACAAUAAAAAAUAUAAGAAAUAAAAAAGAAUAUAAAUAAUUUUAAUAACAAUAAUAAGCUUUUUGGAGAAACAAAUUUAUCUUCAUUUGGAUAAUUUGGGAAUUAAAUAGAUAAUUUAAGAAAUAAAAUAUCAAAUAACAAAUCAGCUUUUGAAAUAGAAGCCGCUUUUGCUUAGUUGAUGAUUUAAAUAAGAUAAUAAAAGGAUUAGUUAUUGGCAGAUCAAAAAAUGGUGUAAAUGGAUUUAGAUAGAUUGAUGAAAUCAAAAUUAGAAAAUCAAGAUUCUUAUUUGGAAUGCAUGAAAAACACAGGAAAAGCAAAAUUGGAAUAAAUAUAAGAUAAAUUAAGAUAAUUAAAGUAUUGAAAUAAAUUAUAAAUUAGUAAAACAGAACAAUGGGUGAAAGAGAAUUAAUCUGUUUUAAAUUAAUAAUGA